UGUUGUUGAAGACCUUACUCUACUUGGCUAUGAACACGGCUGGACUCUUUAUUCAUUACCUGUCAGACCGGACUCAGAGGCAGAGCUUCCUGGAGACUCGGCGCUGCAUUGAGGGCCGGGUCCGGCUGGAAAGGGAGAACCAGAGACAGGAGCGCCUGGUGAUGUCCAUUCUGCCGCGCUUCCUGGUCCUGGAGAUGAUUUCUGACAUGACGGCAGCAGAUGAAUACCUUCUUCCUCAACAGUUCCACAAAAUUUACAUCCAUCACUACAAGGACGUAAGCAUUCUGUUUGCAGACAUCAUUGGCUUCACGUCGCUGUCCUUGAUUCUGUCGGCCCAGGAGCUCGUCAAAACUCUCAAUGAGCUCUUUGGGCGCUUCGAUCGGCUGGCUGAGGAGCAUCAAUGUUUGCGCAUUAAGAUCCUUGGCGACUGUUAUUACUGUGUCUCUGGGGUGCCGGAACCGCAGAGGGGACACGCCCGCAGCUGUGUGGAGAUGGGCCUUAGCAUGAUCAGCACCAUACGGUAUGUGCGACGGGAGCUGCAACAGGAAGUGGACAUGAGGAUUGGGAUCCACUCAGGUUCGGUGCUUUGUGGCGUGCUGGGCCUUCAGAAGUGGCAGUUUGAUAUCUGGAGCUGGGAUGUGGAUAUUGCCAACAGCCUGGAGGCGGCAGGACUUCCAGGGCAGGUGCACAUCUCCAAGGCAACUCUAGACUGUCUGGAUGGUAUCUACCAGACCGAGAACGGGCACGGCCAGGAGCGUAGCGAGUUUUUACGGAAACACAACAUCGACACGUAUCUGAUCCGUCCCGCACCACGCGAGGAAACCAAACCCCAAAAACUGAGACGCCCGAGUUAUGACGACAUGACGACCUGGAGUGCUGAGCUGCCGUUUGGAGAUAUCCUGGGGAUGAAUUUUAUCCUCGCCACUUUCACCAACGGCUCUCUCACUCAGCUGCCCAAUCAGAUUGCAGCUCGAUCUGGAUCUCGGGAAGUCAACAAAAGAAUCCAACAGUCCAUGGAGGUCCGCAGCAGCGAGCGGAUGAGGAAGGAGCACAUCACCACCUUCACUCAGGUGUUCAAGGAUGCCCAGAUGGAGGGAAAGUACUCCCAGAUGAGAGAUGAGCUCUUUAAGACCAACAUGGUGUGUUCCUUCGUCUUGUUGCUGCUGCUCAUGGCUAUCCAGGUGCUCAUCCCCGCCCCAAGACUCUGUCCCAUGUUGCUGCAGUUCCUGCUUGGCGGCUGUGUUUACUUCCUGCUGCUGCUGCUGACUCUGGGGGAGGAGUUUAAGUGUUGCCCCGCCCGCCUGCAGUCCAUCAGCUGCUGGGUGCACGAAACCAAAAACGCACGCACGCUGCUGACGCUCACUGCCAUCACGGUCAACUUUGGGGUCGCCUCAGUAGACGUUCUGUGGUGUGAUUUGUCUGCUGUCAGUGAAUCGUCACUGACUUCCUCCUCGUCCCCUCCGCCUGACGUCAACAUCUGCACUCAUCCAGAAUACGUGAUGCUGAGUGCAGUGGUCGCUAUGGUUACGUGUGCGGUCUUCCUCAGGCUGAGCUGUGUGCUGCAGCUGGCCUUCAUGCUGCUGGCGGCCACUUUUGCCGGUUCGCUGGUGGAGUCGUACAGCAUUCUCAGCUCCCAUCACCUGUGCAGAAGGGGGGUGUGCAUCAUCCUCAUGGCCAUCUUUGUGGUUGCCGUGCUCUAUAACAGCAGACAGCUGGAGAUAACAGCGCGGCUGGACUUCCUGUGGCGUCUGCAGGCGAGGAAGGAGGUGGAAGACAUGAAGGAGCAGAGAGAGCACAAUGAGUGUCUGCUGCUGAACAUCCUGCCCGUCCACGUCGCACAACACUUCCUGCAAAGAGAGACCGACAACGAGGAGUUGUACUCGCAGUCGUACUCGCACGUCGGCGUCCUCUUUGCUUCUCUGCCGGGCUUUUCUGACUUCUACGAGCAGAAAGAACUCGUUCAUCAGCAAAUCGAGUGUCUCCGCCUCCUUAACCGCAUCAUCAGUGACUUUGAUGAGGUCAUACACAUCCAACCCCGCCCCACCCUGAGAUUCCCAUGUGCGAAUGUGUCAAUUUCCAGUUUGUGUAUCCAUCUGCAGCUGCUGGAUGAAUGUUACUUCCAGGAAGUCGAGAAGAUCAAAACUAUCGGCAGCUCCUACAUGGCAGCGUCUGGCCUGUCACCUGACGGACAGGAGAGUGAGGACAGCUGGAACCACUUGAGCGAGCUGGUUCUGUUCGCUCUCGCCAUGCAGGAAACGCUGAAGCACAUCAACACUUUCUCAGGAAACCACUUUCAGCUAAGAGUUGGCAUUGCCCACGGCCCGGUGAUAGCUGGCGUGAUCGGGGCCACCAAACCGCAGUACGACAUUUGGGGUGCGACGGUGAACCUGGCGAGCAGGAUGGAGACCACGGGCGUGACCGGGAGGAUUCAUGUCCCCGAAGCCACAAGUUGUGUUUUGGUGGAGCGAGGCUUCCAACGGCAGCUCAGAGGAGACAUUUAUGUCAAAGGCAUCAGUGAACGCCAAGGAAAAGUCAGAACCUUCUUCGUGAGCAGCAGAGAUGAACGAUCGAGCUUCGUUGAGCGUGGUGGAGGACGGGGGCUUGCCCAGAACAGGAACACCCUGGGGGCUGUGGUCUACAGUCUGGUCCAAGCCAGGAAGCGGGAGAAGCUAAGGGAGGAAAAUGGAGGCUUCCACCUGGUGGAAGCAUCGUAGGAGAAGGAGGGAGGCAAGAAGGUUAGCGGUGCUUUGCCACUUGAAAAUACUUUCCAAAUUUGGUCAAAGUGGAGCACAGCUGGAAGUCUUCCUUCAACAGUCAGGUUUGUAUGGUAACCCUUUACCACCAGAGAUGUUGCUGAGACGCCCAAAUGACGUGCGCUAUUUGACAUAUCGUAAAUUCUGGACCGCUUACGUGAACAACGUGAAUCAGUUUUGCACCGUUAUGCAACUUCUAUUUAUCAAUUUAUGUUCGCCCGUUCAUCCGGGACCGGGUUCGCGGGGGCAGCAGUCUAAGCAAAGAUGCCCAGACCUCCCUCUCCCCGGCCUCCAGCUCCACUGGGGGGACCCAGAGGUGUUCCCUGGCCAACUGAGAGACGAAGUUUCUCGAGUGUGUCCUGGGUCUUCCCCUGGACCUUCGCCUAGAACACCUCCCCAAUGAGGCAUCUGGACCAGCACCUCAACUGGCUUCUCAUGAUGUGGAGGAGCAGCGGCUGUACUCCAAACUCCCUGACCAAGCUUCUCACCCUACUUCUAAGGGAACACCCAGUCACUCUACGGAAAAAGCUCAUUUCUGCCGCUUGUAUUCGGGACCUUGUUCUUUUGGUCAUGACCCUGAGUUCAUGACCAUAGGUGAAUAUUGGAACAAAGAUCGACCGGUAAAUUGGGAGCUUUGCUUUCUGCCUCAGCUCUCUCCUCACCACAACAGACCAAUACAGCGGCUCCAAUCCGCCUGUCGAUCUCGUGAACGAGACCAUAAGAUAUUAAAACUCCUUCAUCUGGAGGAGGGAGACUCCACCCACCUGACAGUUGGCAAACUUCUUUUCUCCGGUAAUGGAACUUCUUAACAUAAAUUGUUGCCGCUUUACUCUUCGAAAGAAUCAACAGAUUUACGUCGAUUGCGUUAGCACUUCACUACUGUGCAGAGUUGCCCGUCAGCACAAAGCUGCUUUUUCUCCAAGUCAGAAUUUGUCAGGAUUACGUUAAUUGUGUAUACAGUUGAAGAGUUUAGCUACGUAAACACUGGGCAUAUCAUGUGCGUUCAAACACGUGUUCUUGAACGCAGGUGUGGCUCACUGUGUUCACACUGGAGAAGCAGGGAGGGGCUUCUUCUUCUUCUUUGUCUUUUGCUAGAGUUUAGAAGCGCAUGUCCACCACCUACAGUCAAAAGAGGCUUAGUGUGAAUUGUCAAAACGGACGGCAGUUCCACGAAUUAAAAAUGAGGUUAUCCACACGCCACUGCCAAAUCCAAGUCUCUGAUUGGUCAAAGUUUGACCUGGUUCCAACUUGCAUCAGGCCUUCAGUGGCCACACGUUUUGUGCGUAGAGCCUGAAAAUAGUCGUAGAAACUUGCGUAGCUACGCAGAGUUUUGAACACGGAAGCCCGAAACGCACGUUUAUUUAUACUUUUCAUAUUUAGACUUUUCAUUGGAAAAGUCUAAAUAUGAAAAGUCCCCCCUUCAUCAACGCACGGGGUGUGAACGUAGCGUCACGGUAGUCUAAAGAAUGUCAACCCCGGAACUAAAGCACCGGAUUGUUAAGGGUUCAUACUACUAAAAACAAUGCACCAUUUUCUUUAUGAGAACAUGGGAAUGUUUACAUUUUAAAGGAUUUUUUUUUCUUAAAUUAUCAACCUUUUCCUACAAAGGAAGAAACUGUUGCUAUUGUCUCACUCACAUAAAGUGUUUAACGUCAUCAAGAGUUCUGUAAAUCUUUUUAUAACUAUACAUAGAUUUUUUUUUUAAUAAAGAUGUAAGACUCUUUGUACAAAAUGUAAUUUUUCUCCAAAGGUCGACGGAAGCUUCAAUGUGUAAAGGUUCUGACCACUAAGUGGAGCUGUAAACAUGUGUUGGUGUGUUUCAGAAGAAAUAUGGUGGUUUAUUAAAUAAAAAGCAGUGCCCU